UCCGGACCGCGAAGUAAAGGACGGCAGCAUGCGGAGGACGGACGGUCGAUAGGCUGUUUGGCUCGAGUAUAAAGAUGGAUGGGGUUUGAUACCUUGACGAUGAUGCCGAGGUAGCCAUGCUAGGACACAUUAAACAUAUUGUUGGAAUCCAGUGCCCUAUCCAGGUAUUGCUUCAAUCCACCUUGUAGCAUCUCACGACAAAACUCAAAGAAGAGGAAAAAGGAACAAUACACAAAAUGGCAAACACCAGUACCGAAAUGGUCAAGAUUGGGGUCUUUAUGCCGUCCGAGUGUCAGCUCCUCGACAUGGCCUGCGUAGACGUCUUGUUUAUGAUGUCGAGAGAGUACCUGGGCGGUCUGCCCAUGAUACCCAAACAUAUCCCGAACUUGGCGCCAAGCGUGGAAAUCUAUUACAUUUCUGCAAAGGCCAGCCCCAGCACUAGCUCUAGCUCUAGCUCGGACAACCCGGCCCCGGAGUCAGCAGGACACCUCGUUCCUCCUCUGCUCCCCUUGACGGCGGGCGUCAAGAUCCGGCCGACGCACGACGUCUCCAGCCCGGAGGUCCAGCCGGGCACGCUGGAUAUCCUGCUCGUCCCCGGACCGGAUCCGGCGGCGAGCUGGGAUGAGGAGACGCUGAAGUUUUUGAGGGGACAUGCUGAUGAGGAGGAGGGGGAGGGAGGAAAAGGAAAGAGGACGGACGUGCUGAGUGUCUGUACGGGUGCGUUCUUGUGCGGUGCCGCGGGGAUUUUGGAGGGGAGGAGGGUAUGCGGACCGAGGGGUCUGCAGGAUGUUUUGAAGAAGAGGUUUCCGGGGGCGAGGUUUGUGGGGGAUGAGUUUCGAUGGUGCCGGGAUGGCAAUUUCUGGAGCUGUGGUGGUAUCACGAAUGGGAACGAUCUGGUGGCGGCGUACGCUCGGAGCAGCGAGAGGCGCCUGUUUCCGGGGCCGAUUGUCGAGAUUGCGUGCAAGAUGGCGGAAGUCGGUGAGAGGGGCCAGAUGUAUGAGCAGGGGCAGACGAGGUUCGCUUUGGGGUUUGUGUGGCAGCUCGUCAAGGCUUGGUUUGUGAAGUCGAGGUAG